UUUUUACUAAUAACUAAUAAGUAAUAACAAUAAAAUAACUACCUAAUAACUAUUAAGUGUGUUUACAUUUAUUUAUUUUUUGGAAAAUGUUGUAGUUUUUAAUAUUGGUGUUUUUAUGUAUUUGUUUGUUAAUAAUGUGCACCAAUCAAUUUGAUCGUGUGUGUGGUUAAACUUUGUUUAGGAUGAAAGAAAAAAUGCCGCCAUUCAAACGCAAGAAAUCGACGGGAAAAUCUUUUCCUGUCAAAGUGUGUACAUUAGAUGCCGAAUUAGAAUUUAACCUAGAGUUGAAGGCUACUGGCCGAGAUCUUUUUGACUUGGUGUGCCGUACUAUUGGAUUACGAGAAACCUGGUAUUUUGGGUUACAGUAUGAAGAUUCUAAAGGAUUUAUUGCAUGGUUGAAAUUAGAUAAAAAAGUUCAAGAUCAAGGUAUUCCUCAACAAACUACAAUGCCAUUUAUGUUCCUUGCAAAAUUUUAUCCUGAAGAAGUAGCUGAAGAACUUGUUCAAGAAGUUACUCAACACUUAUUUUUUUUACAAGUUAAUCGUGCCAUUUUAGCAAUGGAUAUUUAUUGCCCGCCAGAAGCCUCAGUUUUAUUAGCGUCAUAUGCAGUGCAAGCAAAAUAUGGUGACUAUGAUGAAGGAACUUAUAAGCCAGGAAUGCUUGCCAGUGAAGAAUUGUUACCUCAAAGAGUAAUUGAUCAAUAUCAAAUGACAGCAGAAAUGUGGGAAGAGCGAAUUAAAGUUUGGUAUGCUGACCAUCGAGGAAUGUCGAGAGAUGAGGCUGAAAUUGAAUAUUUGAAAAUCGCUCAAGAUUUAGAUAUGUAUGGUGUAAAUUAUUUUCCCAUUAGUAACAAGAAAGAUACAGAUUUGUGGUUAGGAGUUACAUCUUUAGGACUUAAUAUUUAUGAAAAAGAGAACAAAUUAACUCCGAAAACAACAUUCCAAUGGUCUGAAAUCAGACAUGUUAGUUUUGAUGAUAAAAAAUUUACUAUUAAACCUGUUGAUAAGACGUCACCAAAUUUUGUAUUCUUCUCGCACAAAGUUCGAAUGAAUAAAUUGAUUUUAGACCUGUGUAUAGGAAAUCAUGAUCUUUUUAUGAGAAGACGUAAACCAGAUUCUAUGGAAGUACAACAAAUGAAAACCCAGGCAAAAGAAGAAAAGUCUAGACGGCAAAUUGAGCGUAAUAAGUUGGCCCGUGAAAAGCAACUAAGAGAAAUUGCAGAAAAAGAAAAAUCAAUUAUGGAACAACGAUUGAUGCAAUACCAAGAAGAAAUUCGUUUAGCAAAUGAAGCAUUAAGACGAUCUGAAGAAACAGCUGAUCUUCUGGCUGAAAAGUCGCGAGUUGCAGAAGAAGAAGCCAUGUUAUUAGGUCAAAAAGCAUCUGAAGCUGAACAUAAAAUUACUCAAUUUCGUUUGACUGCACUUAAAACUGAAGAAGAAAAAGUAAGCCUUGAACGAAAAACACGGGAAGCUGAACAACUGACUGCUCGACUUGUAGAUGAAUCUGAAAGACGGGCAGCUGAAGCAAACAAACUUAAAGAAGAAUUGCUUAGAGCUCGUGUUGCUGAAAAACAAGCAAAAGAAAAAUUGCUGGAGUUCCUUUCUAGAAAUGCAUAUGUUAAUACUAGUGUUUCAAGUCUGUAUUCAGUGUCAAGUAGUUCUGUACUGGACCUUCCUGCUGAUCUUCAUGCAUUGAGAUUAAAUGCUAAUAAUUCACCACAACUCUCUCUUACACAUUCUAAUCCACCAGCACUUGUAGAUCAUCAUUUACCAGCAUAUGACUAUAUUGCUGAUAAUGAUAUGGAACAGCUAUCAUUAGAAAUUGAAAAAGAAAGAGUUCAGUAUUUAGAAAAAAGCAAACACCUUCAGGAUCAAUUAAGAGAUUUAAAAACGGAAAUUGAAGUGCUCAAAGUAGAUGAAAAACAAUGUGAAUUGGAUAUGUUACAUGAUGAACAAGUGCGACUCGGAGAAAACAAAUACUCUACAUUAAAAAAAGUGAAGUGCGGAUCAACCAAGGCUCGUGUAGCAUACUUUGAGGAGUUAUGACAAAUCAAAAUCAAAAUUAUAGAAUCUCCAACUCAUCAAUCACGCAAUACAAAUGUAUGUACAUAUACUUGUGCGUAUAUUCUGUUUUUAUUUAUAAACGAACAAAAUCAACCUUAUAUAGUGGAAAAACUAAUAAUUUAUACUUUUUAAAUAAUUUUUUUGUUCAUCACCUAACGAACAAUAUUAAUCAAAUAAAAAUAUAUAAGUUUUAUUUUA